AUCCUUUGCCAGUUGAAAUUUUGAUUUAAGGACAUUAAGAACUGAUUCAACGGUUAUCUGUGGAUUAUCCUGAAAUAAAAGAAAAGAAAUCGUUUGAUUUUUGAAGUUCUCUCAAACCGGAAGUGAGCAAAUAAAAAAAAUGUCUGACGCAAUUUGUCACAAAUGCAACGAGGCCAUCUCUCAAAGGAUUGUCACCGCCUUGGGCAAGUCCUGGCAUCCAGAACAUUUUGCGUGUCGUGAAUGUGGCAAACCGAUUGCUGAGUCAACAUUCAACAUUCACGAAGAUGAACCAGUAUGCAGUGAUUGUUUUGUCCAAAAAUAUUCAGGAACAUGUUUUGCAUGUAAGCGACCUAUUACAGAGAAAACAAUUAAAGCACUUGGAAACACAUGGCACGAAGAUUGCUUCAUAUGCAAUGGUCCAUGCAAUGGAAGUCUUGUUGGCACAUCAUUUUAUGAACGCGAUGGCAAAGCAUAUUGCAAAUCAGACUACGAACAGCUUUUUGCAGCCAAAUGUGCUGGUUGUUCAAAAUCAAUUACCGACAAUGCGAUAAUAGCUUUGAAUGUUAAAUGGCAUAAGGAUUGUUUCAAAUGCAAGAAAUGUGAAAACCCAAUCUCUGCUAGUACCUUUGCUGUUGAAGACAACAAACCCGUUUGCACAUCGUGCUCAGCUUAAAUAAAACUGUCAAAUACAUUCCAAAGAACUUCUUCUAUUUUUUUUUUCACUUUAAUUUUCGAACAACUUAUAUGUUUUAUUUUUUGUUAAUGUUACUUUUUAUUUGAUUUUAUAUAAUGCAUCUACCUUUUUUGAUUUUAAAAAUUAGUCG